UCCCGAUGGAGGUGGCGCCGGAGCCCGGGCCGGGGCUCUGCUGCAAGCCAGGCGGGCGACUGGACAUGAAUCACGGCUUCGUCCACCACAUCCGACAGAACCAGCUCGCUCGGGACGACUACGACCGGAAGGUGAAGCAGGCGGCCAAGGAGAAGGCGAGGAGGCGGCUCACGCCCGCGCCCACGCGGCCCCGCAGGCCCGAUCUGCAGGUGUACCUGCCGCGACGCCGAGAUGCUUCUGCCCACCCCAGCAACCCAGACUAUGAGGAGUCUGGUGAAAGCAGCAGCAGUGGUGGCUCUGAGCUGGAGCCUUCUGGUCAUAAGCUCUUCUGCUUAGAAUAUGAGGCGGACAGCGGCGAGAUCACAUCUGUUAUCGUGUAUCAGGACGAUGACCCAGGAAGGGUGAGUGAGAAGGUGUCAGCACACACGCCUCUGGAUCCGCUCAUGCGAGAGGCCCUCAAGCUGCGUGUCCAGGAGGAGAUGGCAAAGCGACAGAACCGCCACUGA